AAACGCCUAUGACGGAAACAAACUUUUUGAAAGGUUAAGACAACAAACGGAUGCUGAUAUUGGGUGAUUUUAUACGACUGAAUAUAUAUUCUGCACGGCCACGUACGGUUCUAAACAAACCAAACGUAUAUUGUCUCUAGUAAUUUUCGAAAGUCAAACAAAGCUUUUCGCCUUAUCGCAGUAAAUUAAUCCAUCGAAAGGGUGAACUUUCCAAAAGAAGGAAGAAAGGAGAAGAGAACUUUAUUUCAUAUAUAGUCAUAUAGACUGAUAUGAAGACGGUGGCGAACAUGUCAAAAGAAGACAGUUUAACCAACCAAACUGAUGUAACGAGUGAAGGAUCAGUGGUUGCGAAUGCAUUUUUUGUGUUGGCCAUGCUUGUGGUGCUCAUCGGAAACCUCUCGGGAAAUUCUAUGGUAUUAUAUGUUGUUUAUCACCAAUGGAAGAACGUGAAGCGGCGUGUAACCAACUUAUUGAUAGCCAAUCUAGCUUGUAUCGAUCUUCUGGUUGCGAUCCUUGUCCUCUUUGGGAUUAUUAAUUCAAUCAAUUUAAAAAGUGAAAUGUCUAAUAUCAAAUGUCAAAUGGGUGGUUCACUAAGCACGGCGCUUGGUGCUGUGUCAAUUCUCACUUUGGCUGUUAUUUCAAUCGACAGAUACAUGGCGAUUGUUCUGAAUCACGGAAGACGACUUAAAUUGCGUACAGUCCGAAUAAUCAUUGCUUGCAUAUGGGUAACUGCUAUUUCUAUCAGUCUUUUCCCCAUCCUGUUCUGGGGAAAGUAUUACUACUCCGAGAAGAGCACUUUAUGUAAACCCAAGGACGGCGGUUUCCUGCUCUUUUUAGCUUUAACGUGUUUUGUGAUUCCCCUAGUGACGAUGGUAUUUUGCUACACCAAUGUUUUCCUCAAGGUCCACCGACAUAAAAAAAUGAUAAUCAAUUCUCAAAGAGACAACUCGUUCAAAACAGAAUUUAAAACCACCAAAAUCGUCUUUACGGUGUUAGCGACAUUCAUCGUUCUUUGGACACCAUUCACGGUGAUUUACGGUUCUUCGUCGAGCAGGGGGCCCACGGACACUGUUCCCCCUGGUGUCUACAAGUUUUGUGGAUUUCUUACCGCGGUUCAUUCAAUGUGUAACCCAAUUAUCUACUUUACAAUGAUCAAAGGAUUUAGGAAAACAGCACUCAAGCUUUUGCGAAGGAUCUUUUCGUGUGUUCUUCCACCGGAGAAUGAAGAAUCAAUUGCAACAAAUGAUUCACUAUAUGGCGACAGAGCAAGUUGUUCUGUAACUCCUUUGGCGGCAAGGAAAAUUAUACCUGUGCAAACUCUUACAAACGUAGCUACCGGAGACUCAAAAAUAUAAAUUUUUGAACUAGAAUCUACACCGUACUGUUCCUGAAAUUCCCAGUCUUGAUAUUUGAUAUUCUUCGUUUCAAGAAGGGCUUUCGGAGCCUCGCGUUUUGGGAGGAGGAUCCCCCCCGCUUUCCCCUGGCAAACAAGGUUUCUUUUGUAUAUAAAUCGCCAAUACAAAUGGACUAGGAGAAUUUAAACCACUUCAGUAUUUUAACAUAGAUCAUUGGCAAGGACGAUUGAGCGCACUAGCUUGUGCAUAAACUGUAAAGUUAACGAGGGCAUGAAUGUACGCCAACCAUAUAUAAUAAUUAAUGAAUUAAAAAUAUGAUAAAAUA